AUGGCCAAUAUCAUAACCACUCCUACAUCCAGCACUCCCAGUACCCGCCAACCAGCACCAACAACGAUCAAUCACCCGCCAGUAUUUCCACGUCCAAGAGCUGCUGACUUUUUCAACCCACCUCCACCUGUCAUGGAAGACGUUCCUGAACCUGAACAACCCACUACUCCCCCACCUUGUCCUCAAUCACUCCCAUCUACUAGCCCACCCAACCAAACCGUGACACCCCCAGACCAGACUCCCAUUAUCGAAGAUCCUUCUACAACUUCCUUCCCCUCUUCCCGAACCACCACGUCGCUGCAAGACUUCCGUCAAUGA